CUGGCUGCUUCAUUCUUUUUCUCUCUUCAUGGUGAUUCAAAGAUUCUUUCGCGAUCUUGAUUCACUGGAGCUUUACACAACCAGAUUGCUAAUCCUUCAACUCGAGUUUCUUAACACAUCCAGCUUGAUUAUCCUUAAAUUUAGAGAGAAUUGUCUGAAGGAUGACGAAAGUGAGUCCUGAACUUGGUAGCAUGGGGUCUCAUGAAGUUCUGGCGGUGUCAGCGGAUGUCAGCUUUGCUUCCGAUUGCUUUCCUAAGUACAAGUUAGGUCCAGAUAAUCAGAUUUUGGAAGAGCCAAAGGAUGAUAAUAAAGGUCCAUCCUUAAAGGAAGUUGUAGAACAAGAAACUGCCCAGUUGUCAGAGCAACAUAAGCGCCUCUCAGUUCGUGACCUUGCCAGUAAAUUUGAUAAAAACUUGGCUGCUGCGGCUAAAUUGUCCAAUGAGGCAAAACUGAGAGAAGUUGCUUCUUUGGAGGGUCAUGUGCUCCUAAAGAAGCUUAGAGAUGCAUUGGAAUCAUUAAGGGGCCGAUUAUCUGGGCAAAACAAGGAGGAUGUAGAGAAAGCCAUCGCAAUGGUGGAAGCUUUAGCAGUCAAGUUGACUCAAAAAGAAGGAGAGCUAAUCCAAGAAAAGUUCGAAGUGAAGAAGCUUGUAAACUUCCUCAAACAGGCUUCUGAAGAUGCUAAGAAGCUUGUUAGUCAAGAAAAUUCCUUUGCUUGUGCUGAAAUUGAGAGUGCUAGAGCAGUAGUACAGCGAUUUGGGGAGGCCCUUGAAGAGGAAGAAAGAAACUCCCAAACAUCUAAAAAACAGGAUGUGGAAGAAUUACUGCAGGAGGUUCAAGAGGCCAGAAGAAUCAAAUUGAUGCACCAGCCAAGCAAGGUGAUGGAUAUGGAACACGAGCUGCGUGCGCUCAGACUUCAAAUUCGAGAGAAAUCAAUAUUUUCCUUUAAGCUUCAGAAAGAGCUGACCAUGAGCAAGAGAGCUGAAGAGAACAGAUCUCGUCUAUAUAUAUUAGAUGGUUGUGAGGCUCUCGGGUCAAAUCUACGGGUCCGUCCUUGUGCAGAUAAUGCUCCAGCACUUUGCAAGUGUUCCAUUCAGUGGUUUCGCAUAUCUUCCAAUGGAAGCCAGAGAGAUGCCAUUUCAGGUGCCAACUCACCGAGUUAUGCUCCUGAACCCUUGGAUGUCGGACGAAUCUUAGAAGCUGAAAUAAUCUUCAAUGGCAACAAAGAUUCUGUGGCAACCAUCGGUUCCAUCGAUCCUGUUGCAGGACUGGAUAGCCAUGUAGAGACAUUGAUGCGGAAAUCCAAUGCUGAAUUUACCGUAACUAUUUCUCAGAUGAAUGGUCAAGAUUAUCAGUCGCAUUCAUCUCAUACGUUUCAUGUGGGGAAAACAAGGAUAAAACUUUGCAGGGGAUGGAUAACAAAGGCCAGAGACAUAUACUCGGCAUCAAUGCAGUUAUGUGGAGUCAGAAGCGACAACAGUGCAGCAGCGAAGGGAUUAUUUUGGCAACCGAGAAAAGGGUCGUCGUUUGUGUUAACCUUCGAAUCAGAGCGGGACAGAAAUGCAGCUAUAAUGCUUGCAAGAAAAUAUGCCCUAGAUUGCAAUGUUUUGCUUGGUGGACCUGAUGAUCAUCUCUGAAGCCCCGCCUUACUGACUGAAAUUCUUUUUAAAGUGUGAGUAUGAUCAGUUUUUAAAUAGGUUUAGCAGUGUGCAUGGGUCUGAUUAUCGUGGAAAAGACCAAAUGUCUUCGCGAUUCUUCCUUUUUCUUUUCCCUUUCUAUUUCCCUAAGCGACCAUGUGUGUUUUGCUGCAAAUGGUUGUGCUUCGCUAAUCUUCUCGUGUGGUUUUAGGCGUCGUUUUUUCUUCCCGCCUAAUCAUCUGAUGUAACGUGUUUUUGGGUAUAUAAUGAUUGAUUUGAUGAGCAAAA